AGAGCUACCCACGCCGCCGUCCCUGCCACCGCCACCGUGGACUUGGAGUCUCGAGAGACUGGCGCACAGUGCGAGCAGCGAGCUGGGAUCAGCAGAGUCCGGAUCAGCCCCGGGAGGUGUUGCUGGGGCUCCGCAGUUCCCAGCUCUCGGCGCCGCCGGGGCAGUGAGAAGAGGCAGGGAACAGCAAAUCCGGGCUCUUCUGGAAAGGAUUUUGGCCAAGGGGAGAAGCGACAGUUCCUUGGGACCAGCGAUCUUGAAGGAACCUGGCAGCGAGCAGCUUCCCGCAGGACGCCCUGAGAAGAAGCCCCCCGGCCCCAGGCGACAGUGGACACCCAGCCGGACUGGAGCGCAGGACUUGAGGAAGCCUCGGAGUGUCUCCGCGGAUCGCAGCCUGGGCAGCCGUGAGAAGGAGGGGUCCUGGAGGGAAGGGAAGGAGGAAGCCGCGUCUGGGUGACCACUCACCCCAGUACACACCCACCCCUACCCCACCCUCGGAGCCAGGAGCCUCCGAGCGCCUCUGGGGGCGCUCGUUCCUUGGCGCCUUCCCUUCUGUGUCCCAGCACCGCGGGGCUACCUGCCAGACUGGUGGGGUCCCCCGGGUUGUCCAAACCAGGCAUGGUGGACCAGUGGCCCCUCUCUCAGGAGCAGCGUAAAAGCUGGGGUUAGGCGAGACAGGGGGGGCUCAGCGCAGGGUCUCCGGUGGUCCAGGACGAGAGGAGGCAGGCGGGCGCAGCGCCCAGGGACUGGACCAGAGCCUCUCAGUGAGGCUCCUCCGGAGGUAGUGCCCGGUGACCAGCAUCCUCCUGGAAGACUCGGGGCGGGUAGAGCCUGGGCAGCGCUCGGAAGAGGCCAGAGCCAGCGGCGGGCCGAGGCGGCGCUCAGUCCCGGGCGGGAGCCCGCGGAGGCGGUGGCGGCGGCGACGACGCCAGGAGGGUAUGCCGCGCCACCGGAGCUCCUUUCGGGCGCACGCUUCCCUGGCGCCGGCUGCUCUCGGCUGCUGCUGCUCCCUCUGCUGCUGCGGACUCCCAUGGCGGCUCCGCCCGGCUGGGGCCGCCGCCGCUGUCGCCAGCCGCGGGCUGAAUGAAUGAGCCGGAGCAGCGGAGCCCGGCUGCCCGCGGCCGCGCUCACCGGCCCGGGACGCUUCCGUAUGGCCCGAGAGCAGCCGGCGCCCGCGGCAGUGGCGGCGGCCGGGCAGUGCCGGAGUGGCGAUCGCGCGCUGCAGGGCCCGGGGGUCGCCCGCAGGGGGCGGCCGUCGCUGAGCCGCGCUAAGCUGCACGGGUUGCGGCACAUGUGCGCGGGGCGCACGGCGGCGGGAGGCUCUUUCCAGCGGCGGGCGCUGUGGGGGCUGGCCUUCUGUACGUCCCUCGGCUUGCUGCUGUCCUGGUCCUCGAAUCGCCUGCUCUACUGGCUCAGCUUCCCGUCCCACACGCGGGUGCAUCGCGAGUGGAGCCGCCAGCUGCCGUUCCCCGCCGUCACCGUGUGCAACAACAACCCGCUGCGCUUCCCGCGCCUCUCCAAAGGGGACCUCUACUACGCCGGCCACUGGCUGGGGCUGCUGCUGCCCAACCGCACCGCGCGUCCUCUGGUCAGUGAGCUGUUGCGGGGCGACGAGCCGCGCCGCCAGUGGUUCCGCAAGCUGGCCGACUUCCGCCUCUUCCUGCCGCCGCGCCACUUCGAGGGCAUCAGCGCCGCCUUCAUGGACCGCCUGGGCCACCAGCUGGAGGACAUGUUGCUGUCCUGCAAGUACCGGGGCGAGCUCUGUGGCCCGCACAACUUCUCCUCGGUGUUUACAAAAUAUGGGAAGUGUUACAUGUUUAACUCAGGCGAGGAUGGCAAGCCUCUGCUCACCACGGUCAAGGGGGGGACGGGCAACGGGCUGGAGAUCAUGUUGGACAUUCAACAAGAUGAGUACCUGCCCAUCUGGGGAGAGACAGAGGAAACAACGUUUGAAGCGGGAGUGAAGGUUCAGAUCCACAGUCAGUCUGAACCGCCUUUCAUCCAAGAGCUGGGCUUUGGGGUGGCUCCAGGGUUCCAGACCUUCGUGGCCACACAGGAGCAAAGGCUCACAUACCUGCCCCCACCGUGGGGUGAGUGCCGGUCCUCAGAGAUGGGGCUGGACUUCUUUCCUGUUUACAGCAUCACCGCCUGUCGGAUUGACUGUGAGACCCGCUACAUUGUGGAGAACUGCAACUGCCGCAUGGUCCACAUGCCAGGGGACGCCCCUUUCUGCACCCCUGAGCAGCACAAGGAGUGUGCAGAGCCUGCCCUCGGUCUACUGGCAGAAAAGGACAGUAAUUACUGUCUCUGCAGGACGCCCUGCAAUCUGACCCGAUACAACAAAGAGCUCUCCAUGGUGAAGAUUCCCAGCAAGACGUCAGCCAAGUACCUGGAGAAGAAAUUUAACAAAUCAGAAAAAUAUAUCUCAGAGAACAUCCUUGUUCUGGAUAUAUUUUUUGAAGCUCUCAAUUACGAGACAAUUGAACAAAAGAAGGCAUAUGAAGUUGCUGCCUUACUUGGUGACAUUGGUGGUCAAAUGGGAUUGUUUAUUGGUGCUAGUAUCCUUACAAUACUAGAGCUCUUUGAUUAUAUUUAUGAGCUGAUCAAAGAGAAGCUAUUAGAUCUGCUUGGCAAAGAGGAAGACGAAGGGAGUCAUGAUGAGAACAUGAGCACCUGUGACACGAUGCCAAACCACUCCGAAACCAUCAGCCACACUGUGAAUAUGCCCCUGCAGACAGCUUUGGGCACCCUGGAGGAGAUUGCCUGCUGACACCCCUCAGGCGACCCAGCACCUCCAAACAGACCUUAAGGCCCAAGACCCAGGACAGGGGACAGCAAGCUCAGGUGGGAUGGCCCCUGAUGACAGAAAGAAGCAAGAGCCCCCCUAUGCACACAUUGCGAACUUCUGCCAAACCUCGCUCCGGUCUGACAUGAAACGUCCCCGGGCCCCACUGCGUGUCCCUCAUAGGACAGAUGAGUCACACUCUGGAACUGUCCAAGAACUAACCUGCCAUCACAUCUCACUGCCAGAUGUACAAAGCACCUGCAUGCUCAGACUCUUACGGCACCACCUCCACAUCUGUCUUGUAUAUGGUAUUUUUCUGUGCGGUUUCCAGCGCCCACUCCACUGCCCAUGCAGUGGGACUAGAUUCCAGCCCCAAAGUUACCCUGAGCCCAGCACUGGAAUCAAAACUGCACUGUCAAGAGGGAAACUGCAGAACUCUCUAUGAUGUCUGAUCCUUGUGUCGUUGGUGAAGGUUCUUAACCUGCCCACAAACCCAUCCCCCAAACUGGCCCAUGGGGCUUCGGCACCAAAGGUGACCAGCGCCGACCUCCUUCUUUCCCCAGCACCUAUAGAGGUGGCACAGUGGCCUGGGUGACCCUGGUAUUCAUCUGAAGCCACAUUGUUCUUCUCUCCCUGUAACCCAGCUGUACAGUCUGAUUUCUUUUUUAUUUGGAAAGGGGGGGCACGUUUUCGUUCAUCUGUUGGAAAUUUGUUUUGCUUUGUUUUCCUUUGUCUUAUGGUUUCCAGUUUUGAUGUUCUAAGGUUCAGUUUGGUUUUUCCAUUUUCUUUGGAGUUUAUUUAUUUGUGCUUCGAAUCACAGUCAUAUUAAAAGCUGGUCUUGUGGAAA